GACAACUAUGUUUUGUCUCUUGAUGAGACUCUGGGAUAUGAGAGGGGAGAGAUGAUCAACUGUGUUUCAUACUGUGCAGGCAAAGAAAUCCUAGCAGCUGGCACCACCAAUGGACGCAUAGCAAUGUGGAGGAUGGUGGUGCAGUCGGGUAGCAGUAGAGGUGACACUAAGCCCCAGUGGAAACUGCAGACACCAACAGAAAUUGGAGGAAAUGUCACUCAGCUACAGUGGGGCUCCAACCUGAAUCUCCUGGCGGCAAACAAUUCAAACACAGUUCUGAUCCUCUGUGAGCAUGUGAUGUCAGCCCACUUCAGCCACCAGGUGGCAGCAGUGCAGCUUUCCCCAACACAGCUCAACAUCACUCAGUUCCACACAGGUCUGCACUUUUCUCUGCAGUCUGACAUACAUGUCAGAGGGGUGUGUGUUACUAAGGACUCAGUGACGGUCUGGAAUGGCAAGCAGGUCACUGUGUAUGAGCUUUCAGGGACAAGUCUGCGCAAUACAGGAUCAUUUCCUUGUGAUUCGCACGUGGUGGCUGUACACGGCGAGAAUCUUUACACUGUAGAACCAAACCGGGUACAAAUCCGCACACCUCAGGGCACAGUGAAGCAGCUUUUAACCUUCUCCAAGGCAGAGGGAAACCCUGUACUACUCAAUGUGCGUCAGUCCUAUCUGGUGGUGGGCACAGACACGGCAAACAUCAGAGUGUUCGACCUCUCCAGAAGAGAUGCCAAAGCUCACUGCAGCACCAAGAACCUAGCUGACCAGAUUCCCAAUCUGGGAGCACUAAGGUCAGUUAAAUGUAAUGCUAAUGGGAGCCAAGUCAGCAUCCUAAUCUCUCAGGUGAAUGGGCGACCUGAUCACAAAGUGUACUUUUAUGAUGUUGAGAUGGACACUGUGACACACUUUGACUUCUUCACUGGCAGACCUUCUAGUGGUAUCUCACAGGAAGAAGAAAGUGAAAAGCAGCAGUGGUCGCUCAGCGGUCACUCUCCUGUGUCUCAUUUUUGGGAUGAGAGUGAACCUCGUCUUUUUGUCUGCGAGACUGUGCCAGUCAGCUCUGAAUCCAUAUUAAAUAGUUCCUUGGAUAUGGUGGAUGUGUUGGUGGUGACCCUCUUCUGCACACAGGAGCAUGGGCUCCUCCUGCAGGACUGCUCCCCUAGACCUCCAGGCAUGCAGGCGCUCCUCGCUCUGGAUGUGCCCUACUAUUAUUAUAGCUGCAAGCCAGGUGAGAAGGAUCAAGGGUUAAUAGAGGUUUCGGCAUCGUCAUACCGAACCCAGCCAACGACAGGGACGCCCUCCCAGGUCCCUCAUAUGGUGUCCCGGAAAGCUCUUAGAGACUUUGUAGGUCUGGAGAACUGUGAGAAGGCCACUCGUGACGCCAUGCUCAACUUCAGCUUCUACCUGACUAUCGGUGACAUGGAUGAAGCCUUUAAGUCUAUAAAGCUCAUCAAGAGUAAAGCGGUGUGGGAAAACAUGGCACGGAUGUGUGUGAAAACCCGCCGGCUGGAUGUGGCACGCGUGUGCCUUGGGAAUAUGGGAAAUGCCAGGGCAGCAAAAGCACUAAAGGAGGCGGAGGCUGAGCCUGAACCAGAAACCCAAGUUGCGAUGUUGGCCAUUCAGCUGGGCAUGCUGGAGGAUGCAGAAAAUUUGUACAAAAGCUGUCAGCGCUACGACCUGCUGAACAAUUUCUAUCAGGCUUCUGGUAAAUGGCAGCAGGCUUUGGAGACAGCUGAAGUUCAUGAUCGCAUCCACCUGCGCGCCACGUACUACAGUUAUGCCAAAUACCUGGAAUCCAUGGGCGACAAGACACUGGCCCUCACUUACUAUGAGAAAUCAGACACACACAGAGUUGAAGUGCCCAGAAUGCUCCAGGACGACACGUCAUCUCUAGAGAUUUAUGUUAACAAAAUGAAAGACAAGAGCAUCUAUAAGUGGUGGGCCCAGUACCUGGAGAGCCAGGCAGACCUGGAUUCUGCACUGCAUUUCUACGAGUGUGCUCAGGAUUAUCUUUCCCUCGUUCGAAUCUUCUGCUACAGGGGGGACAUUCAGAAGGCGUCAGAGAUAGCCAACAAUACGGGAGACAGAGCAGCUUCUUACCACCUGGCCAGGCAUUACGAGGGACAUGAUAUUAAACAAGCUGUUCACUUCUACACACGAGCCCAGGCCUACAAUAAUGCUAUACGACUUUGUAAAGAGAACGGCCUGGAUGACCAGCUGAUGAACCUGGCCCUGCUCAGUAACCCAGAGGACAUGAUGGAGGCUGCAUGUUACUACGAGGAGAAAGGCUCCCAUUUGGAUCGUGCUGUUGCGCUUUACCACAAGGCUGGCUAUGUGUCCAGAGCUCUAGAGCUGGCCUUUGCCACCGAGCAGUUUGGUGCUCUUGAGAUGAUCGCAGAGGAUCUCAAUGAGAGCUCAGACCCAGCCCUCCUGGCUCGCUGCUCUGACUUCUUCAGCACACAUUCCAAGUAUGAGAAGUCAGUGGAGUUACUGGUAGCAGCCAAGAAGUACCACCAAGCCCUGGAACUGUGCGUGACGCAGAACCUAACGAUCACAGAGGAUUUGGCCGAGAGAAUGACUGUACCUGAUUCGAAGGAUAUGUCUGAAGAGGCCCGCAAGGAGCUGCUGGAGAGGAUCGCUGACUGUUGCAUGCGGCAGGGCAAUUACCAUCUGGCCACUAAGAAAUACACACAGGCUGGCAACAAACUCAAGGCAAUGAGGGCGCUCCUGAAGUCAGGCGACACAGAGAAAAUUGUUUUCUUUGCCAAUGUUAGUCGUCAGAAAGAGCUUUUCAUCUUGGCCGCCAACUAUCUCCAAUCUCUAGACUGGCGUAAAGAUCCAGAUAUCUUAAAAACAAUUAUUGGUUUCUACACUAAAGGCAGGGCACCGGACCUGCUUGCUGGCUUCUAUGAAGCUUGUGCUCAGGUGGAGAUUGAUGAUUACCAGAACUAUGAAAAGGCUCUGGAUGCUUUGACUGAGGCAUCAAAGUGUCUCUCAAAAGCAAAGGACGCUUCAAGCGGACAACAGGAAGUGCGACUGGCUGAUCUGCAGCACAAGAUCACCUUAAUCAGGAAGUUUGUCCACAUACGCAGUUUGUACAGCGAGGAUGCCAGCGAGGCGGUGCAGCUGUGUGAAACCCUGCUGGAGGAGCCAGAGCUGGACCCUGCUGUGAGGAUUGGAGAUGUGUUUGGUUUCCUUAUCGAGCACCACUGUCAGCAAGGCAACUUCCAAUUGGCCAAUCGUAAACUGGAGCAGCUCCAAAAGCUGUUGCCAUCCCAGAAUGUUAGCUACUACAUCAGCCAGGCCAGCCUAGUGGCCCUGCAGAAAGAGCUUGGUAUACCUAUGGAUCGCAGUGACAAGAUACACAUCUCAAAGGAGGAAGAUGAAGUGGAGGAGGAUUUAAACAUGUUUUAACCCAGUAAAACUAUAUCAAAUAUAUCUGCACUUUUUCAGACCGGAAAUAACUGUGGAGUUAGUUUUGUCCGAAACAACUUACAUGGGAGAUAUGAGGGUUGCCAAAGUCACAUUAUGUGGACUGAGCACAGCAUCUGUUUGCAUUCAAAGGCACUCGACUAUCAGAUAUUGAAAGAGUACUGUGGAAAACACGAAAACUAAAACGUUUGUGUGUGUGUGAGCUGCAAAACAUCAAAAACCUACACAAGAUACUGCAAUAUGGAGUUAAUGUAUAUGACAAACUUGGCCGAGGUUGCAACAUUCUCCAAAAUGCUGAAUAUAAUGAACAUUGAACCUCUAUCCUCUGCAAAGGGAAAUCAUGUAAUGCAGCUGUUUUAUUCUUAAAUUUAAAUCCUAGGUUUAACCUUUUUCCAGCAGCUUUUGUGAACGCAGAACGCCUUUGAGCUAAACUUGGCUCUGAAUGAUGUUAUAGAUUUAUCUCUGUGGCUUUAUGAACGACUGUUUUUACAGGGAUUGAGUUAUUCCUCAUGUCUGACUGUGGUUUACACACAUUUGGUACAAUUUAUUUUCAUAUUCAGCUGAUGUAUUAAAUGUAAAUAUCUUCUCAGUGUCUUGACUCAUCUCUGUAAAGCCUUUUGGAGCUAUUUUUGAUAACACGAGGCCACGUCUAGCAGUACCAUAGACUGUAAAUUAAUUGCAUUGUUCUUAUACAUUGUAAAGUUCCCAUUAAAACAUCAAAUAAAA